AUGAUGAAGUCUCGGAUUGUUGUGCUAGUUUUGAUUGGUGCUACCAUGAUCGGAACCGUUUCCGGACGAAGAAAAAUCCAAUGUCGGCUGUUUCAACCGGGAGUGGAUUCGACCACAGCUGUGACCCCCGUUGCUGGUCAACAAUUUCUCAAUAGUACGGACUUUGAGACGAUUAUGAUGAAGCUGGACGCGCUGGAUCUGCGGAUGGUGAAGGCGGAGUUCGCCCUGUUGAACACGGUGCAGACGAUCGCUGCCGAUAUAGAGAACUUGGGCCAGGUUGUGGAGAAGCUGGCCUGGGUAGCGAGCCAAACCGAGUUGUCCAGCAGCUUUGUGGAGCAUCAUGUGAAGGCGAUCGAGUUCAAUUUGACAAUGCUGCAGAAGGACGUUCGGGAUUUGUUGAACGUUCAACAGCGGCUGCCAACGAGGACGUACAUUGAAAAUGCGCUGGUAAAGCUGAGGUUCCAUCAGCAACAACAGCAGGCUGAGGGAGAAAAUGAGAAUCCGGAGCCGCUGACGAAAAUGGUGGAGAAUAUGAUGAUGGACGACCAUAUGUACGAGUACUGUGAUCAGCUGCCGGAGACUAAGGAGUCCGGGGUGUACAUGGUUAUGCCGGAUGGGGAUUUCCGGGAACCGAUGAAAGUGUUCUGCAAUCAGACUUAUUUGGAUGGUGGAUGGACAGUGAUACAGCGCCGGUUCAACGGUACAGUUAACUUUUACCGAGAUUACAAUGAGUAUGUGCGAGGGUUUGGGAAGCUGGAUGGUGGGGAGUUUUGGCUGGGUUUGGAAAGAAUUCAUCGGCUGACGUAUUCGGCUCCACAUGAGUUGGCCGUGGUUCUGGAGGACUGGGAGGAUGAAAGUCGAUAUGCGCUGUACGAGAACUUUGAAAUUGCCGGGGAAUUUGAGCACUAUAAGGUGACAAAAUUGGAUGGUUACAAAGGAGAUGCCGGUGAUUCGAUGAACUACACAUUGAAUGCCAGGUUUACCACUUUUGACCAGGAUCAUGACACCAACGAGAAGCAUAACUGCGCCGUCAAGUAUCACGGAGCGUGGUGGUACAAAGCUUGCCACUCUAGCAAUUUGAAUGGAAAAUACCUCCGCGGCAAGACGACUGAAUUUGGAUCCGGCAUGAACUGGGACACGUUCCAUGGCAUGAGUUACGCCUUGAAGUCCUCGACCAUCAUGAUUCGCAGACGGCUGGAUUUGAUUCCAGUGGGAGCAAUUCAGGAAAUUUACUUGUACGAGGAUAGGACACGGCAUAAGGUGUCCCAGGAAGGAUUAGCUGAAUCGUUGGAUAAUGCCAUCAAUAACGAGGAAGUAUCGGUACCGGAGUGA